UUCGCUCUCCGACCAAAACGAGCGAGGGUCGAAGAAAUCUUGCCCCUCUCUCUCUCUCUCUCUCUACACGUUCCUUUCGUGGAUUUCUGACCCUGCGUUUGAUUUCACACCCACUUCUCCUUUCUCUUUCUCUUUCUCUUUCUCUUUCUCGGGAAAAUCCGCAAGGCCUAUCGAUACAUCGAUUUUCCCCUCUGCUCAAAUCGCCACCGACAAUGUCGCGGGGCUACGAGGGCGCGGUUAUCGAGGUCGUCGCUAGUUUCGUAGGGGUAUCGGUGUCUUUAGGAGUUCGUCAAGCGUGAUGAUGACUUGCCUUUUCUGGGGGAUCUAUGGCUACUGAAAAUUCGUCUCUCUGAGAAAAGGGCUUGGCAUGGUUUCUAAGAGAAAAUAGUUGGAAGGUUCCUUUGGGUGGCGAUGUCUAUAAACUAAGGAGAAAUAAAGCGGUCUUGUUGUAAAUUUGAUCCAGUUUGAGAACAACUGAAAUGGAAGGUGACAUUUUUUCGGGCAUCAGUAAUGGAACAGCAGUCGAUGCCAAGACGUUGCAGAUGUUCCAAAAGAGCUUUCUGCAGGUUCAGGGCAUAUUGGAUCAGAAUAGGUUACUGAUCAAUGAGAUUAACCUAAAUCACGAGUCGAAGAUCCCGGAUAACUUGAGCAGGAAUGUAGGUCUGAUUAGAGAGCUGAAUAACAAUAUCAGAAGAGUGGUAGAUCUCUAUGCUGAUCUUUCCAGGUCAUUUACUAGGUCUGUGGAAGCUUCCUCCGAGGGGGAAUCUAGAUCAGAUGGUAAAUCCGUUCCGAAGAGAAUUAGAUCUGGGUAACUAAUGAAGGAAGGAUUCCCCUCAUUUAAUCUUUACCAUAGAAUAGACCAUGCGAUGAACAGGGAAGGAUGCAUCAAAAUAUUGGAUUGUUUUAUCCACUAGUACAGUAGGCUCUUUCUCUUUCUUCACCUGUCAUUACUUGAAUAAAAACAUGACAGUCAUGCAAAUCUGUAAUUGUAAUCAGUAAAACUCAUCUUAUGGAGGUUCAUAUCAA